UGUCAAGCAAAACCAAGCGGGCCCCCUUUCAGACGAGCUGCGCACGCGUCUGCUCCACUCAAUGAGUGAUUUCUUUUCCCCCACUUCAAUCGAGCUGCCGAGGCUCAUAGGAGGUUGCUGCAGGAGCUUUAGGGAGGGAGAAUUUGAGGAGAAGCGUGCGAGGAUAAAGUCUGCGGACGAACAUUCAGCCCAAGCAGUAGGAGGAAAAGAAGGAGGAGGUUUCUUUGCCGGGAGAGUUUGUGGAGCCGCGAGGCUGCAGGCUCGGCCGGGAGAAGCCGGGCUUCGCCGAUAGAACGCGGCGUGAUCCCCGGGACAUUCGAGAGGCUCGGCGCGAGCGCCCGGUGCUGUGAGCCAUCACCCAGCGGCAGGAGGAUGGAGAUCGCCUGGCUCCUGACCCUCACACUCUGCACUCUGGCAAACGGAGAGCUGAGGCAGUCCGUCUCAGCGACAAAAAUGCCAUGGCCUGAGGAAAUCUAUCUCGAACAGUCUUUUGACAGUAAGGAGCCUGUUGAAUCUGGAAAUUGGCCAGUUGAUGACGAUGAUUAUGAUAAUUCUGGAUCUGGCUCCGGGCAUUUUGAAACUGAGGUACAACUGGUCACCUAUAAUCGUGAACGUAUGAACCCAGACAUCAAACCAACUGGUGGUACACCAAGAUCAGCAACUGUGGGAGUAGAACCAACUACACGGGAAAAAUUAGGCAAGAAGCCUUUCCAAACAGAGACAACUGUAGACACCCCAGUUAAAGAGGAGCCAAAGGUAAUAGAUGACUUUGUUAUUGAAAAGCCAACAAUCAAUACUGAUAAUGACGUGUCUGCAGAAAAACACUCGGAAAGCCUUUUCCAGAGAACAGAAGUGCUUGCAGCUGUUAUUGCUGGAGGAGUCAUUGGCUUUUUGUUUGCCAUUUUCCUUAUCUUAUUGUUGGUGUACCGCAUGAGGAAGAAGGAUGAAGGCAGCUAUGACCUUGGUGAACGAAAACCAUCCACUGCAGCCUAUCAAAAGGCACCAACCAAGGAGUUUUAUGCAUAAACCUUCAAAGUAUCUCUAUUUCUGAGAUCACUGAACUAUAUUAAUUAAAGCUUUUUGCAUAGAGAUAAUGAAGACCUUUUCUUAAUGAAAAAAACAUCCAGGCUCUCUUAUAACAAACCCUAUUAUAUUUAAAACAUUUUCCUGUAUUUUUUUUUAAACUCAAACAUGCCAUUUGAUCUAGUCUUAAUGCUUAAGAUUGUGUCAGUGAACAUGGCUUACUUUCCGUUGUUUACCAAAUUUGAGGAAGGAAAACGUAUUAACUACAGCUAUAGACAGAAUUAAAGUAUGAGACAUACUUGUUCUGUUUUCUUAAAUUUUCUAUCAGAGUUCUAUAAUUUAGUCAUAAUGCAUAUAAAAUUGAUCUUGCAAGUAAUUGUUCAUUAAUUUAUCUUUCGGAUAUGUUAAAAUGCUUUUCUAUAGUUUUCAUGGUGCAAUUUGUCUUCAAAUAAUUCAGAUAAUACGUGUAAAUGUAAUUUCAGCUUUGGGAGCUAUGUAAACAUGAUCUGUACUUUGUAUAGAAUGGUAGUGUCACAAUGUUUAUUUUACACUGUGCUUGAUUUCUUUAAGCAUCUUGAAUGAUUGAAAACCUGAAAAUGGAGGACAAAGUUUAUUUUUGGCUACAUUCUGUAAAGUUGUGCCCAUAUGUAUUCACAGAUCUCCUGUAUAUAAGAUCUGAUAUAAAAUAAUGAUAAUCCUGAGCAGACCCAAAGACUAGUGACUUAAGUAGAUUUAUACAGCCACAGAUGUACGUUAAUUUUAUCUUUUUUUGUAUUAAUUUCUUUUUUAAUUGGGUAGGAAAUGAAGAUUUGGACCAGACCUCUUAAAAUCAACAGGUACAGGUUUUUCAUAAGCCUAUGAAGUGCCUACAAUUCCCUAGUUCCUUUACUGCUGUCUUGCAGAUUUUUUGAGGUUGAUAUCAACAAAUGUAUGGUAUUUUGUAAGCUCAGUUAAUUUAAGUGCUACGGUUUUUACAGUUUAACAGACACGUUUUAAUUUGGAAGAUGGGGAACAUAAACUACUGAAUAAAUUAUGUGGCCCACUAAUGAA